AUGGAUUACGAAAAGAGCGCUCUGGGCACUGAGGUCCCUAGAUCCUCAUACCCAGAGACUCGCACGUCUAAUGACAACGAGUCAAACAUGAACACACCCCUGACACCUGUCAAAGCUCCGGAAUCUGAUACCAACCCGAGCAACGAUAGUGAGGUAAAGGACACCAACAUGGCCAAAAGACCUUACACGCAAAAGCGUACCACUCCUUGGCGACCAAAGAGGCUAAUUGGCCUGGUAUCACGAGGCGGGGUCCUUCGGAAUCAGCACACUCGCCGAGCGUUCCUCCGCCAGCAGAUGUUCGGGGGCAGACCAGAUCCAUAUCACUCAUGGUGCGGCGAUCCCUCAUGUAAGAAAGACGGACGGGUCUUUAUGAUGCCCCUCUCAUACCCCGUGAAUCAGGAGAAGUGCCACGAUGGGCUCCCCGUCGAGGACUACUUUCACGACCUCGCCGAAGCUAUGGUGAUCAUGCUCUUCCCAAGACUGAAAAGCCCCGAGGACAAGACCCGCAAGUGUUUUGAGAUCUUGUCAUUCAUAGACUCGCCGCCUAUUCGAUCCCACGCUUCAAGGGUGCUGGGUGGGUUUGUAUGGCUGGGUGUACACCCCACCGACAAGCAAUUCGAGGCGGCACUUAUCCGCGCCCGGCCAGUGUUCCUGGACCUCAUGUUUGGCGUCAAGACGGCAGAAAGGGUGGAGAAGGUACACAGUUACCUAACUGCCAGACGGGCACAGUUCAAGAAAUGGACUCUGCACGACUAUAUCCUCCGAUUUCUCAUCUCGGCCGAGCUCUGGCGAGUGCACGAGACGCCUCGGAGGGAAAGCUGGGUCAUCGGAUCCCGCGAGGCCGUCGGUGAGUUCCUUACGGCGGUCCUCCUCAGCUACCGCCAGCUGUUUAUACGACAGUGCCUGGUUACAAAGGACAUCAAGCUAGAGGAGGCCUGGGAUCAGAUCUGGCAGGAGUGGCUGGAAAAGUAUCCAUCCCCAAAGGUUCUCAAGGAGGAUGACGCCGACGACUUUAAACUGAGGGAGAGGCAGGAUCUGACAGAGAAGGAUGUGCUUGAGCAAGUAGGGUAUCUUGGAGGAAUUGGAAAGGGCGGGGGAACUUACACACCAAGUAGGAACAGACCAGGAGAGCCAGAUCAGACCGUGUACUUCAUGUAA